GUGAGCGAGAGUCUCUCAUUCAUAAAAAAAAAAGGGAGAGAAAGUUCAUUCAUAAAAGCUGCACAAUUCUGCUGUGCCUCAGAAAGAAAAGGCAGAGGGGAGGAAAGUUGAUGUGGAGGUGAAGCAGAGCUGGAAGUCUGACUGAGAAAGUCUAUGGGUCAGUAGGAUGGGACUGUACUCAGCAUGACUAGAGCGGAGCAGACUGGACUUUAGACUACACAGGACAUCCCCAGUCCCACGCUGGUUUUCCUCUUUUCUUCUUUACUUUGUCCCAGUGUUCUCCUUCGUCCAGUUUCCUGAUUAUGAGAGAGCAAACCUUACCCAGGUUCAAAUCACAGACAGGACUCUUACCAGGCAUGCUGAAGCGCACCAAAUACAGUCGUCUGCGCAACGAUUCACUGACAUCUCUAGAGGAUUGUCCCCAAAGAAUGCUGCCCCUGAAGAGGGAACUUCACUUAGACUCUGAUUUUGCCCAACUGGAUCCUGGGACGCCCUCGCACCAUGGGCUGUCCACCCUGAGGGACUUCAUCCCCCGCGUGGCCAACAUCCGAUUGCAAAGUCCAAUUUCUCUGCGGGGCCUGAGGGGACAGAGAAACACAGCUGGGGAGAGAACCAUUGAUGGACACACUGACAGACCAUUGUCCAGAACAGAAUGGGGAUCAGGACCUAAUCAGAGAUUUUGUAGCCAACCUUCCCUUAAUGUGCACCUAUCCACUGGCCAGAACCUCACUCACUCGGCUCUGCGCUGUACAAAAAGACCCAUCACUCUGCAUCGGAUGGCCAGCCUCCCCUGGACCCCCGGCUGUUCUCCCUGCUCACUGAGCAGAGAUGCUCUGUGCUGUUUGCAGACUUCCUCUGCAGCAGAUGACUGUACAGAGUUGGGGACAGCAAACAGAGCAGUUCACCAUGACAUCAAGUACAUGGGCAGCGUGGAGGUGACCCAGUCCAUGAGAACCCUUGACUUUGAUACGAGAAUGCAAGUCACACGAGAGGCAAUCAGUAGACUGUGUGAGAAGACAUCAGCCAAGACAACAGUGAGAAGUAAAAGGCCUGUACAUAAGGGACUCUCUGCUGUUCUGGGUCAAAUCAACCUGCAGUUUUCUGGGAGCAGGAUCAUCCUCACUGUCUCCACAGACAGUGUGACUCUGAUCGCUGCUUCCUCCUUACAGAAGAUUGCCCACCACCCCAUGCAGGCCAUUUCAUUUGCCUCAGGAGGAGACCCAGACAUGGCGGAUUACAUCGCUUACGUUGCCAAGGACCUCACCAAUCAGAGAGCGUGUCACAUCCUGGAGUGUCCCCGGGGUCGGGCCUGCGAGGUCAUCAACAGCAUCGGUCAGGCCUUUGAGACUCGUUUCCGCCAACUUCUCAGCCACACACCAUCGCUCCUCUCCACCAAUCCCAGAUCAGCAGUAAGAAUCUGUCCCAACUGGAGCCCAGAGGAGACGAUCAUGGACCAGAAGGCCGAGCAAGAAGGUGAAGUCAGCGAGCGCUGUGACUACUACAAUGUGAUCCCAGGAAAGAAGCCACCUCCUGGUGGAAUAGAAGACCUGCGCAUCGCAAGGGAGGAGAACAAACAAGAUGCUGACAUAAAGGGGGUUUCUUUGCCUCGGCCUGUUUCACUGUAUGAGAACUGCUCCAUCACAAAAGAAACUCCAGCUCCACCUGCAGACUCAGUGAGAUCUGGGGUCAGUGCUGAACAGUGUACUCCUCUCUCUGAGUCACUGAUCCGGGACCUGAUCCAGGAGGAAGGCUGGUUCCAUGGCAGGUUAGGAAGAAAGCAGGCAGAGUCACUCCUCACCUGUAGUGGGGAUUUCCUGGUCAGAGAGAGCAGCUCUGCCUCUGGUCAGUAUGUACUCAGUGGGAUGGAAGGAGCCACCGUGCGGCACCUACUGCUGGUCGAUCCUCAUGGACAGGUCCGGACCCGUGAUCAGGUGUUUCUGAGUGUUGGUCACCUGGUGCGUUUCCACAUGGACAACCAGAUGCCAAUCAUCUCUGGAAGCAGUGAGCUGCGUCUGAAACAAUCAAUCCUAAGAAGACACCAAUGAACAUACAUAGGGUGUCACAUGCAUACAUCAGCCUUCAGCAGUGGUUGUUAACCUAAGCAAAAAAAAAAAAAAAUUGAACAUGGACAUCAUUUCCUAGAAUAUUUUUUAUUAUUUGGCCAUUAAUCUACACACAGUGUGUUGUAUAUGUGCAGUGAACAAUUUGAUUUUCCUAACACUUAAGUAAACUCGUGUGUACACUGUGCCUCACCCUGUGUUGAGAAUAGCUGCUGGCCUGCAGAGCAUCCUGUCUCUCUCUCUCUCUCAGGCUGUAUUUGCUGGUGUUCACUCAAAGUCUAAGCACAAUCACUGGUGUUGGGAGGAAAUUACCAGAAUGUUGGCAGGCUUUCAGAAUCAUUUUUUAUAUGCUAAAUUUGUCUUGCGUUCAGUUGUUUAGACUUGUUAUUGUAUUGUGUCCCAUUUCCCGUGCUGGACUUUUGAAAAUAACUUUUCAUCCCACUUAUUUGUUACAUUCUGAAUAUGGGAUUCAAGUCUUCUUUGUAACCUGAAUCCACAGCAGUUUAGUCUGAGAUAAACUGGCAAAUAUGCAAAUAGCAAUGUUUU